UAUACCUCGAUCCGGGGGCGCCGGGAGAUCCGAUCCAUCGAUGGCUCCACCGCGCCGCGCCGCCGCGCCGCCGCACAGCACGAAAGGGUGGCUGUCCCGUUGUCGCCGCCCACCAAGAAACCGAAAAGGCAGCAGCAGGCGCGCCGUUGAUCCUCUGGCCACCAUGCCCGACGACCUGCUCUUCGACGCAAUCUUCUCCCUGGUGUUCUCGGACGCCGGCGACGUCGCCCGCUGCGCCGCCGUGUGCAGGCGCUGGGGACGCAUCGUGGCCGCGCGCGAGGCCGCCAUCCUCCGCGCUCUGCCGCCACCCGAUCGGUUCCUCCCCCACCUCGCCCUCGGCUUCUUCCACGGGGGGCAGCAUGACCUCAGCAGCACCAGGCGGAGGCAGCUGGCUGCCCAGGCGCAGACGGACCCGUGCUUCGUCCCGACGCCGUCCGCCUCCGUCCUCCUAGGCUCGCCGUUCCCGGGCCUUCCUGAGGGCGGUGACGGCGGCGGCCUCUUCCACUACGCGCGCCCGGUGGCGUCCCGCGGCGGCCGCGUCGUCUUUGAGCUCCGGAGGAAGACCCGUGCCGAUGGCGUCGCCCUCAGCGUGUGCAACCCGAUGACGGGGGACGUGGCCCUCGUCCCGCCCCUCGCCGGCGACGACUUCCCCGGGCACGACUACAUGUGCGCGGUACUCACCGCUGACGACCUCGACAACGACGCACAACAGGGAUCGUCCUUCUUCAGCCUUGUCCUAGUCUACAACCGCCGCAGCUUCACGGCUCUUCGGUGCUACACCUCCGACGACGCUGGCGGCGGCGGCGGCUGGGGCCCGGAAUUCAGGAAGCCCGGCACCCAGAUUAGCGGCCACGUGCUUCAGCGACUAGGCCCCGCCGUCGUGCUCCGUGGGGUGGUGUACUGGCCCAUCAUGGUCGCCGCAGCUCUGGCCGUGCGGCUAGACGGCGGCGCCGCCGCGGCGGUCAUGGACGUGCAUGUCGUGCCCUACACGAUACGGGACACUUUACCGGACUGGAGGCUGCUCGGCACGACGCCGGACGGGAGGCUGAGCUACGUCAGCGCCGGCUUGAUGGGGGGCGAGCUCCUCAGCUUCGGCGUCGAGACCUUGGACGUGAGCGCGGCGGCGGGUGCCGAGUGGGAGCGGGGCGACACCAGCGUCCUGACCCAGCUUACGGUGCCGAUGUUGUCGAAGUUCGAGCUCAAGAUGCGGUGGCUCGGCGAGAAGAGCGGCACGCUCUUCUUCACGAUCGGGGAAGGCUGCAGCACCAGCGGCGCCUUCGCGGUGAACCUCGCGACAGGGUCGGUCGACAAGCUGGCCGACGGCGUCGAGUGCAACUCCUGGAGGAGCCUGUAUGGGUACGAGAUGGACCCCACCGCACUCCUUGCGUCCAUCGCAGCUCGCUUCAACUAAUUAAUUCUCCUCACAAACGUACGGCUGGCUAGCUAGCUACUCCCUUCAUUAAAACAAACAAAUGGUGUUUUAAUUUGGAAGUGUUUUAUAAGUGUACUACUAAAUACCUCCG